CUGGAGGCGGUGACCGUGCCGGACAUCACCGCACCCGAUGCCUACGGCAAUGCGUUGCAGAAUGUGGACUUCGUCGUCCAUUGCGCGUCCCCUUUCACGUUCAACGUGACCGAUAUUCAGAGAGAUCUCCUCGAUCCCGCGAUCAAAGGGACAGCGGAGAUUAUGAAAGCCAUCGACCGCGCUCCGUCAGUUAAACGGAUCGUGCUGACCUCGUCCUUCGCUGCGGUCAUCGACCCGUUCAAGAACCCCCGCCCGGGCUACACAUAUACCGAAGCCGACUGGAACCCAGUGACGCCCACGCAAGCCCUUGAGAACCAACUCUUCGGGUACCAGGCAAGCAAGACGUUCGCCGAGCGGCUCGCAUUGGACUUCACCGAGAUACAGAACGCGAAAGGUCGUGAUCUCUCAUUAAUAGCCAUCUGCCCCCCAAUGAUACUGGGACCUGUUCAUCCAGCCUCUGGAAUCACCUCCGCCAACCCCAACGAGUCUUCAGCCCAGCUCUUGAACGCAUUGUCUGCGCCCGAGGUACCGCCAACCCGGAUGCCUGUGUUUGUGGACGUACGAGAUGCUGCGAAGGCUCAUGUACUGGCAUUGAAUCUUGACAAGGUGCGGGCGGAUGUGAGCGAGCGCUUCUUGGUCUGUGGAGGCAAAUUCACCUGGGCCGUUGUCGGGGACAUUCAUAGGGGGGUUCGAAUGACGGAAGAGGUUUUCGCGCCAUCUAAUGGGUAUUACUCUAUCGAUGCUGGGAAGGCCGAGAAGGUGCUAGGGCUGGUGUGGACUUCUCUUGAAUCUGCAGUGGAAGACUGCAUCGCCAGUUUGAAGCCGUACGCAUGA